CGCUGUCAUCCCUGACGACUGCACAUCCGGCUCUGAAAAACAUUGUUGUUACUGCCAUGAAACUAUUCCUCCUCCUACCCGCUUCUCGUCGAGGAAGAUAGGACGGCAUGCUCCGAGGCAGUUCCUCGGGAUUUGUCCACCCACUCACUCUACUGUUUCCGAGCAGCGAGCGGAAUACAGUGUAACCAACAGUCGCCUUGAGACCGGCCGUCGGAGGUGGUCCCCCCCCCACUCCCAAGCCCAAGCUCAUCCCUCCCUCGCUGCCUUGAUGAGCCAGAUGCCGACUCCGCCCCCGAUCUCAGACUCGUCCAGCGGCCUGAGGUUCAGAGCCGUCAACGACCCGACACACGAGCGACGCCCAGAAAACCCGGGGCCCGACCCGGCGGCGGCGUUGGGAGGCGUUACGAUGAGAGGAGGCCAGGCUCACGGCGGCCCCGGACACAGGGCCGAUGGCCCUGGUCCCGAGCUCACGCGCCGCGCCGUAGGGCCUCGGCUCUACCACAAGAAGUCGAGGAUGGGCUGUCUCAGAUGCAAGGCCCGCCGAGUAAAGUGCGAUGAAGCACGCCCCGUAUGUAGCGGCUGUAGCCGUCACCUGGUGGAGUGUGUGUACCCGUCGCGCGGAGCUCCCUCCCAGGGCGGCGCUCGCCAGGACGCCGGCGCCGGUAUCAGUCUUCGCGUGACCCGAGCCGAGUCGUCCUCCGGACAUAGUGACCCCGGAGUCUCGCCGAUCCCAUCGUCAUCAGCCUCCGCAUAUCCCGCUUCCGAAUCCUGGGCCGGUCGCACCCCAGGCCCGGAGGCGCACCCCAGGCCCGUCCCCGUCGAGCCCGGGGGCUUCUCGCCCAUGACCCCCGGCUAUACGCCGUACCCGGGCUGCCGAGGUCUCUCGCCAUCCCAUAUCGCCGCCGCCGCCACUGCCCUGCCCCCGAUGUCGAGCCGGGCCCCGUCUGUCGUCAGCAACAGUUCGUCAUCGCAAACCGGCAGCGUCGUCCGGGAGGCCAACGACUACCUGUCGCACCUGACCAACCCAGAAAUCCUCGACAUCCCCGAGUCCAAGGAGAGGCGCAUCUGGGAGCUGCGGCUGUUGCACAACUACAUGAUCAACUCGGCACAGGCGGCCGCCGGCAGCAGGGCAGAGCGGCCCCACGGCCCGCACCCACGGCCGUCGGAGGGAGUAACGCCCCAGGACAGCAGCAGCGAGGCGGCGGCGGCGGCGGCGGCGGCGGACGAGGCUGGGCUCGGGGACGCUGGCGCGGCGUUCGGGCAGGGGUCGUUCCUGUGGGGGCUCGAGAUCCCCCUGCUGGCGUUCGAGGACGACGCGAUACUGUAUGCGAUGCUGGCGUCGAGCGCGCUCAACAUGUGGACCAAGAGUGGCGACGCGCGCGAGCGGGACGAGCUGCGAAUGUGCCAGCAGAAGUACCUGUCGAUGGCCCUGCGAGAGCAGCGCCAGGCCGUGGGGAGCCUCAGCCGCGACAACGCCGACACCGUGUGCAUGUCCUCGCUGAUCAUCCUGCAGAACUCGUUCGCGCUCGUGCAGACGCUGCCCGUGAGGCCGUGGCAGCCGCCGCUCGAGUGGCUGCGCAUGGGGAAGGGCGCCGGCUCCGUGCUGACGGUGGCGAGGGGCUACCUCGGGCCCCUUGGCGGCGGUGGUGAAGGAGGAGGAGGGGACAAGACGACGCGGUUCCUCAGCAGCAUGCCCCGCAUGGACCCGGACGAGAUGUUCACGGCGGCGAACCGCGCGCACCUGACGUGGCUGCUGGACAACGACGGCGGGGCAUCCGACGGCGUGGGCGGGGACCACGAGCUGCAGGACAAGGUGACGCUGGGCGUCUACAACCGCGUGCUCAGCUACAUCGGCACCGUCCAGAAGGCCAUCGCCGACCGCGAGCCGCUGUACGCCGUCUGCCGGCGCUUCAUCGGCUUCGCCGUGUGGAUGCCCGAGGUGUACCAUGACUUCCUGACCCAGCGCCGGCCGCGGGCCCUCGUCACGCUGGCGCACUUCUUCAAGCUGUGGAUCCCUUACGAGGACCUGUGGCUGAUCGGCAAGACCGGCGAGAACCAGGUCCGCGGCAUACAAGAGGCCCUGCCCAUCCGGUGGAGGCACAAGGUCGACGGCAUCUUUGAGGAGUAUCGCAUAGUCUGAGUCGUGUGUGGGAGAUAAGGGGCGCGGAAGAGUUGGGACGGCUUCACAGCCUCGUCCGGUCACGCAUGAGGAAUAACACGUCUGCAGCCGAACAAGACAGCCGCCCACGGGUGGCGAUGUUAUUGAUUUGCUAAUAAUACAGGACAGCCCUAGGCAUAUAUCCCAGCUGGGACCUACCCAAGUAUCCUAGGUACGCUCGAGAAGCCAUCGGCUACGCCGGUUGGGAUACACAAAAGGACAGCGAUGAAGGACCGACGAGGAGACGACAGCAACGCGGCGUCAACCGGCUGUCGCUAGACUCUCACCAAUACAGAAGACACCAUAUGAUGGUAGUCACUAAACGCACGGCAACCCAGUCAUGGAUGAAUACUGGGCUAUUACUUUGCCAGCCACAUUUUAGGCCGAGCGCACUUGACGGCCAACAGAAAGUGUAGCAACUCUUAUUGCUGGGGGGAGGAACAGUGUAUUGAAGAGUAUGGUGAGUGUGUGAAACCGUGCGAGGGUGGGCCCGCCUGCGGAACAAGGUUUCAAUUCGAGGCACCUCACGAAUGUGAUUUGAGACAAGGCGUUUGGGGGUCAUUAUACCCGGAGUCUACCAGCAUGAGGGCCACGGCGGCCCAAGUCAGCACAUGUCAAAACAAAGAGGUGUAUGUAUGAAGGCACGCAGUGUACGGGACAAGAGAGAGAGAAAGAGAUAGUCAGACUCAGUAAUGUUUGGCAUCAACAGACCGUGUCACGGGUCAUCAGUUAAGCCAUGCAAAAUUGGUUGAAUCAUCAUGUGGUGGGCACAGACAGGAAUGAAAGCUUGUGUCGCAGCACUUGACAACUAACCUUUUGUUUGCGCGGACCGCACC